AUUGGUAUAUGAGGAGGAGCGGUCGCAGUUGGAGCCUUCUUCAGGGCGGAAAAGAAGUAUACGAGCCGUAGAGGGCGAGGAGUGGGAGCGAUAUCCGAGAUGGAUCGGUACCAGAGGGUGGAGAAGCCGAGGGAGGAAACCCCGAUCAAUGAGAACGAGAUACGUAUCACGACUCAGGGGAGGAUGCGCAACUACAUCACCUAUGCCACCAGCUUGUUUCAGGAAAAAGGUUCAAAUGAAAUCGUCUUGAAGGCAAUGGGUAGAGCCAUCAAUAAGACUGUUAUGAUUGUGGAACUGAUCAAGAGAAGGAUAGUUGGUCUUCAUCAAAAUACUGCUAUUGGAUCUACUGACAUAACCGAUACAUGGGAACCAUUGGAGGAAGGCCUACUUCCGCUUGAGACUACUAGGCAUGUCUCUGUGAUCAGUAUAACCUUGUCAAAGAAAGAAUUGGACACAUCAGCUGUUGGGUAUCAACCCCCCUUGCCCAAAGAUCAGGUGAAACCCUUGGCUGAAUUUGACUACGAAGAAGAGGGCUCACCUACUGGUCGAGGUAGAGGCCGUGGUCGCCGUGGUGGCCGUGGCAGGGGAAGAGCUCGUGGAAAUGGUACAACAGACUAUGGUGAUGGAGACUGGGAUAGCAGGCCUCAUGGGUAUGGCAGAGGUGGCUAUUCCCGUGGCAGAGGUCGGGGUUUUCGUGGGCGUGGCAGGGGUGGCUAUGGUGACCAGCCUGACUAUCAGCAGGAAGCCGGUGGCUAUGAUGACGAGUCUCCUAUACCUGCCCGUGGUAGAGGUCGUGGUCGUGCGAGAGGCCAAACUCGAGGAAGGGGCCGUAAUUCUAGACCAAACGAUCUGGUCCAAGCUGAUGCUUCCGGUGCGUAAAUUAGAUCGAUCUCAUCUGCAAGAGUUCUGCUUUGUGAUUUGAUGGAUGCCUGCUCUCAAGAGUUUAUCGUUCGUGGUGAUGGAUCAUCAAUCAAUGUAUCUCAAUGAUUCUAAAAAUUUUUAGGCAGCUAUUUGUUUCUUCCAUAUAAGAAAACUAACUGUAGGACCUAAUUAAUAGAGCAGUACAUUCUUUUAUUUAUUUAAGAGUGUCGUAAUUACUUAACC